GAAGAAGACUAUAUGUGUCAGUUCGUAAUGGCGACGUAAACAUGUACCAGGGAGGCAGAGGAUACCGUAUUAAAUCUAUAAGACGGCGCCAUGAAAGCGAAGAAGAGAGUAUCAUUUUAGACUCUGAGCAGGGAGUCUCAGGGAUUUUAAGAGAAGUUCUUCCUGUUUUGUGCCGUCAAGAUGGUGUCCCCAAGAGCCGUCGUCUUGGAUACCUCAAUGCUGCUGUUAAAGCUAUAGGAAAGAUAAAUGCAAAGAAUAAUGCUAAAACCUCACCACUACAAGAUGAGCUUAACAAAGUGUUUGAAGAUGCUUUGCCAUCGAAAGCAAACGGUGCAUCGCCACCACCACAGCUUGAUUUUGGUGAAGAAAAAAUGAGCAGGGAGCAGUACUUCUGUUUAUUACGUUGCUGUCUAGUCCAUGAAGCCAAGGAGGUACGGGCAGGGGGCCUGCGGCUUAUACGAUAUCUCGUCCAAAUGCCUGAAGAUGUACAAGCUCUCAAAACAGUUAAUGCUGUGCCUCUUAUUAUCAGAAGUAUGGAUAUAAUGGUAGAUAAUCAAAUAGAGCGAGUCCAGGGUCUGAGAUUAGCUCGCCGUAUGCUCAUGGUGGCUCCAGAUUUCUUCCCUUUGGCUCUUGCACGUUGCCUGGCUGCAAUUGCUAGAGAUGGAGCCAAAGAGCGAGAUAGGUUGCUGCGAUCAGCUCUUGCUACGCUUAAUGAAAUGGCAAUACUUAACACUGCUGUUUUCGUUGAGUGUGGUGGAAUUAGUGUACUUCUACAUAAUGUUUUGGACUGUGCAAUGCCCCGAAUUAAUGAGGCCCUUUUAGGGGCAAUCCUGUUCCUACUCAACACUCCUGAAUGGCGACCACACUGCACUCAACUACACCAAAUCUUAGCUCCAUUUUCAGACUUCUAUUAUAAGCAUACAAGCUAUGAUUUGGAUUAUUACAGCAAGAGUGAGGAGCGGGAACUGCGAACGCAAGCUGGGAGACUAGCGGUAUUGGUAGCCUUAAGGUCAUGGCCCGGUCUUGUGUCCCUCUGUCAGCCUGAUACAUCAGCACUGAAGUCAUUAAUAGCAUUACUUUACCUGAACCAUGAAGAAACUAGGAGAGCAAUUAUUGAAUUGCUGUAUGAGUUGUUUCGUGUCCCUUUAGGAGAAUGGACAGCAAGCUAUGAGGAUAUCCUCUCUAGUCACAUGUGUAUAACAACGUGUGACACCGACUUAUGGCGGCUACAUGAAGGGUUUGUAGCUGCUGAGGCACGGAUUCUCCUACCUCACAUUGCCAAAUGCAGACCAAAUCUUAUUCAGAAUCAUAUGGCCUUGGUACUUUACACGAUGAUGUCUGUUGAUUUGUUCCCUGCUCUGUGUGAGGUCAUUGUUUCAAGUUCAGCACAUCUUUCAGUCAGGACAACAAUUUUGUUAGGGGAACUUCUUCACCAAGCAAAUCAGAACUUACCAGGAGAAUGUGGAUAUCUUUCCCAUUCGUUGCCUAUUCUUUUGGAGCGAUCUGCAGGUGAAGACCCUCUUCAGCGCAUGCGAGCCACACAGUCUAUAACCGCCCUCCUUGCCUUAGCAAGACUACGCCUCAGCACUCCAAAAAGACAAAACUCAUUAUAUCUGUCUCAUAUCAUCAGAUGCUCUCCCAAGUCCAAAGAAAAUCUUCCUAAAGUACAUACUCCUUCCACAAGUUCAAAGCUGAGUAAGUGGCUUGGGAAAGAUCAUGAUGAUUUGAUCCAUCAGACACUGAAAGAUUCUGACGUAUUGGUGUCUGGUUUAGAUCCUGAGUUUUGGAAAUGGGAUCUUAUUAUUCCCAUACUUAAGUGGCCAAGUGAAUCCGUGCAGAAACUGGAGGAGAGCAAUUACAAGUUGUUUACAAGACGGCUUCUGCAUUUUUACAAACCCAGUGCAGGCCUUUUUGCAAAUAUUGACGUUACUCAUGACUUUGCUCAAGUAUAUGCUCAGGCCCUUUUAUACCUUUGUGAUUUCUUACUGAAUGGUCCAGAGGAUGACUGCUCCAAGUACUUAGAGGAACUCCUGGUUGAUGUCACUAGGAAUCUGGGAUAUGUGGUGUGUGAGCGGCCACCCCAUGAUGCAGUUUUAUCCCCAUCCCACCUUAAUACCACAACUUCUCAGCAUUACUUUUUAUUACUAGGAAGACUUUCGCAUACUCAGAAGGGAUAUGAUAUGCUCCUUAGAUCAGGCAUCUUUCAACAGUUGUUGGAGAUUGUCAGUAUAUCAAACAGUGACAUGUAUGCUAAGCUUAUUUGCACAUGUCUUGAUUAUUCAAUAGAUGGGAUAUAUGGUAGAUCAAUAUUUAACAAAAUUUUGACAGGAUGUCAGGAAUCUGCUCGAAUGUAUGCCACACAGUUUCUUCGAACGCUGGUUCGUGCGGGUGCUGAUAAUUUUGCCCAUUGGGGCAUAGAGAUGCUGGUAGGUCAGCUGAAUGAUGAGAGUCGUCUGGUUGCUCUAGCUGCUCUUGAUGUCCUAGAUGAAGCCUGUGAUGAAGAGGAAUAUUUAGAAUCAGUCUUGAACUCUCCACCUUCUGUUCUUCACCUGGGAGAUCGAGGUCAACUGUUAAUGGCAAAACUUGUAUCUUCUCCUAGAGGCUUUAGAGCAUACCAUGAAGCCAAUUUCAUCAAUACAUUGCUGGACAAAUGGGCUACAACUUACAAUUACAAGUAUGUCCGAUUAAUGCAAACUGCCCUAGCUGAUUCACUGACUCAGCACCAGAGAGGAGAAGAUGGUACUUAUGGAAGGCGUUCUUGCAGUAAACAUGUUGUUCAUGAUGUAUUCCUCUUGCCUCAUCUUUAUGGUUCUUUGACACAACAUAAGGAAGGAUUUUCAGUCUUGAUGCAGCAUGAUGCUGUCAAAAACAUGGUUCAGAUUGCUAAAAAUGCUAAUGUCUCCACUUCGCAAGACAUAUUUGAACUCAAAGUAGCAAUUUGGGCAAUGGGCCAUAUUGGGUUGAGCAGUGAUGGAGCAGGAUUCCUUAGUUGUGAGGGUGUACUUCCAGCGCUUACUCAUUUGGCUGCGACCUGUCCUGUUUAUUCAGUCCGUGGGACCUGUUUCCAUGCUCUUUGCCUGAUUGCAACAACUAAGGAUGGAGCAAAUUUACUCAGGAAAUUUGGUUGGGAUAGUGUACGACGUCAUCAUCAUGAACGGUGGCAGUUUCUGGAAGAGAAUUUUGAAGGACUUCAUGCUCCCACUUGUGGCCAUGCUGAUGAGAAUUAUAUCAAUGUUAGAGGUCACCAAAUGUCGGAGAGUGACUUUGAUGAUUUGGAAGUAUCAAAAGGCUUCUAUGUGGGAGAUGACUCAGAUGACGGCAGUGAUGGUGGAUCGUUGCUGGUAGAGGGAAUUGGAUUAGAUGAUCCCUAUCCAACUUCAGGGAAAAGUCAGACAUUACCUCAUAAAUCAAAGCCUUCACCUGCAAUGGGCCAUCAACGAAGCUUGUCAGAUUGCCAGCCAGUUAUGGAGGAACAAACCACCUGUGAUGCUCCAUCUUCGAUACCUUCUCAUGAUGAUCUUACCAUUGGGAAAAGGUCGUCCUUAAGGUUCACCAAAUUGUUAUCAAGCAUACGAAGAAAAUCUGAGAAACGAAGAAAUUCCACCAGUAGUUAUACAAGUAAAUCCUCAACAACGUCUGAGCGUGUUACUGAUCGUGUGGCUGCAUUUUUACAAACUAGAAAAACCAAAGGAGAGUCUAGAAGUCACUCCCUCACUGACCCAGUUGGUUCAGAUGAUGAUGUGGGUGACCAUCGAUACACCAUAAGCUCCGAGUCCUUGUCAGAUGCCGCAGGAGAAGGAGACUUGCCUUUGGAUAAUUCAGCUGAGGAGACACAGGGAGGGUACCCUAUCCCCUAUCAAACAAGAACACUACUAGAUACUCGUUUAAGCCCCAUUGCUAGUAGAGCAUCGCUCUCCACAAUGGGUUCUCAGCUAGAAGGUGGAGUAGAACUUCGCAAAGGCGGUCGGGGAGGCUCCAUCCGUGGGUCAAGUAGUGCCCUCUUUGCUGAAGAUCUUAUUUGUGGUAGUGGAGGUGCUCUGACUCCAGUCCAGUCAUUAACAGGAACAGGGGGAAGCUAUCCGCUGUCAACACAAAGUUACUUAACCCUUCGAUGCAUUUCAAAUCAGCACCGUAGGCUAAUUUCUGAGUCUAGUCAAGAGGACAAGACUUCCCGUAACUCCCUUAAGGGUUUCUUAUCAUCCAGCUAUGAGCAGGGAGUUCCUUAUAUGUUCAGCAAUUAUGCAGAAUCACGGGGGAUGGUUCGGUCUCCAUCUGGUUGUAGUGAAGUGUCAUCUAUACGCUCUGGAGUUCGUGGAGUUGGAUUUGGUGGUGGAAUGAGCCGAGGUUUUGGAAGCCUAGCUCUGGGUGGUAUAUCAACCCAUCAGUCUGGUCAAUGUUAUUUAGGCCUUUCAUUACCAUUAGAUCUAGACCUACUCCUGUAUGAUGCUGUUACGGAUAAGAGUAAUACUUCUCAUGACAAUGGAGUGGUACUAACUGCCAACUAUUCUAAUGGAACUUUGGCUAAAGACAGAUUUCCAGCUAUUACAGAAUCUGAACUUGAAGCAAUUUCAGAAGAGAAUUCAUCCAACAAAAAAUCCAUCAGCAGUACGGGCAUUGAGAAGAAGAAUCACCUGAAGAGUACAAAUUUGGAGACAGAGGGAACAGGCCUCGAACUUCAUACGACCUCUACCUGUCUAGCUUGCUUCUCAAUGAUGUCCCCUUCACCACUCAUAGAGACUAGUCCUUUGUCACAGUGUGAGAGUGAUGGCCCUAUUCUUGAGGUAGUAGCCGAGUCACCACCUUUACAGAGAGUCAAGGCAACAAAUGAAGUCUCAGAAGCCUCAGAAUCUUCCAGUGUCAAUAGCCAAGGCUGGGAUGACUUGGGUGAAGGCAAAACUGGAACCAAGAAAGUAAAUCAGGUUUUGAUACGGAAAGAAAUCUUGAGAUUCGUUACCAACCUAUUGUCUUCCAUAGCUGCUAAAUCAUCAGAAUCAGGACUAUUAGCAUUGAAGCAGCGCUGGCCUCAGGCUUUUAAUGAUUCGUGUUUGUAUUCAGAAGUUUGCCUCAUCCUAUCAUCUUACUCAUUUCGUCUAACAGCUCGUCGUUUUGUUCAAGAAUUGUUUAUGGAUAUGUUAUUGAGUGAGGUUUUCACGGAGGCCAAUAAAAUUCUUACGGGUAAGCUUGAUAAUGUCUGUGAGACUAUGAAUCCCAUAGUAACUGGUAGUCCCCCCACUGUGCAUAGCUUCAGUUUGCAGCCUCCUUCCAUGGCAGACAUAGCUGAAGUCACGCUAUCAGAUAAGUCAGAUAAAGAAGAGGAGUGCUAACAUAUGUACUUACAAUCAGUACAACUAUCAUUGUGGAAGCACAAAUGUUAGGUCACUUUAUAAUCAUGUAUUUAUUGCUCUGUUAGCUGACAGUUUGCUCAAAUGAAAGAUAACAUUGCUUCAAGAAAGAAAUGUAAGUAUGAUUGGAGACUGCAUAGUGACCUAGCUUUUAUUUUUUUAACUUGAUAGGGAUGAAAUGGUAAUUUGUUACUAAUUUUCCAGUGCUGCUGGUGUAAGCUUUGUGCAGUUACUCAUGGGUAAUGAGUUUGUAAUCAUAGUGUUUAUAGAGAGAAAAUUAUCUUCUUUAGGUUUGACGUUUGUUGAUACAUAUAUGUAACUUCCACCGAUGAUCUAGUUCCCAAAAUAAUUUCUAAAGCAGGUACCAGUGAACUGGCAACAAGUAAAAUGCACUAUAGAAUUAUAAAAAUUAUUUAUUUAUCUUUUCAUUAUAUAUUUCUUGACACGAUGCUAGUCUAAUGUAACUUAAUUAUUAAUUGUUGCUUAAGAACAGAGGCUUCAGUAAAAAAAAAAAACUGUACAUACAACAUUUUUUCUAUUUACAUAUACAUGUGCUGCUUAUAUAUAUGUAUGUUGUAUUUUCAUUGUGUACAUACAGUAUAUUUGCAGUAUGUACAGUAUAUGGAUGUAGAUUGAAGCAACAAACAACCAGUUCUGUGUCAUAUAUAAACUUAAAGAAAUGGCAGUUUAACACCUUCUUAUUGUAGCCAGCACUUGUACUUUGUUCAUUUUAAAGUGUAAUAAUGUUCUUGGAUAUUCACUCUUGUACAUAAAUAGCAAGAUUAAGCAUGAUUAAUGUAUAUCAGAGCAGCAAAUUUUCAAGUAAUUCUAAACACAGUAAUAAGGAUUUGGGAUAUGUUUGUUACUUAUUCACAUUCAUUGGUGCACGCCAAUAAAAACCAUGUACUAUUUUUAAAAAGUAAAGUUUUCUUUCUUUACAAGUACCAUGGUAAUAUGGAAGUAGUUCCUGGAUUACACAAGUUUUUUUUAUUAAUUUUACUGGAUUUCCAGCUGGCGCUAGAAGAUUAUCUUCCUGUUAUUAUUAUUAAAUUAAUAUUAUUAUUAUUAUUAUUAUUAUUAUUAUUAUUAUUAUUAUUAUAAAGAAUUAGUUUAUCCAGACCUCUGAGCCUAACAACGAUCUCAGGUUUGUUAGUUUUGAAAAAUACAAAUUGAAUAAAAAUUUGUCAUUUUGUCUCUUGGAUUGGGGCAUAUUUCUUUAAUGCGUACUUCAUUAGCUAAUUUUAGUUCCUAACAGGAUUAGGGUAUGCAAAAGCCCCACCCCCUUACGAUAACCCGGCUUUGUUAGAUGGGAGAUUACACAACCUUGUUAGAUGGGAAUAUUUUAUUAGUAUAGCACAUAUAUAUCCAAAUUAUAGCUCAUUGCUAGAGUAGUGCAUGCAGGAUGCAAAGCGAGGUGUACACUGAAUUGGUUAAUUGUUGCUUCGAUUUUUGUAAAUUUGUAUGUAUAUACAUGAAUGUACAUACAAUAUAGUAACUAUAGUUGUAUGUAUGUUUUACCUCCUUACUUACCUUGUAAAUAUUGUAAGAAAUUCAAUCCAUAGUUUUCACUGCCAGUGCAUUGCACUUAGUGUAAAGUACAAUUUUUUUAAAGGUAGCAUAAUUUAAAACACCAUUAGAUAUAUCUAUUCUUUCAUUCAGUAACAUGAUGAUGAAAUUGAAGUUUAAUGGUUUUUGUAUUGCUUACUGUAAUGGUGGUUUAACAUAAAUUAAAAGUAACUGAAGUGCUAGUGAAAGUACUACAUACAACUUUUUCAUUCAUAAGAUGUCUAAUUGAUUAUGACAGGAGUUGAUAGUUCGUAUAUGUAUUUGUUUUUUUUUUUUCAAUUAGCCUCAUAUUAGUAAUGCAUAGUUAGAAGCAUCACUGCAUUAUAUAGUAAACUACUGUGCUACUAGCUUAGAAUAAAUAAAUUAAAAAAGAUUUACAGCUGCCUAAUCUAUUAUCACAUUGUAGCUAUUUUAGGAAUAGCUAAAACUGUAAAUAUAUUAGUGCUUCAGUUUAUAGUAAUUUUCUGAUGAUCAGAAUUCUGUCAAGCAGGUCAUAGAUUGUCUCCUAGUAUAAAAGCUUUUUAUAGGUUUUUAUUGAUAUUAGUUUAGUUAGCUGUAGAAUCUGAUUUUUAUAUUAUUGUUCAAGUUUUUUUUACAAAAGUCCAGUUAGUCUUUAAUAAAGCACCUUUUGGCAGGUUAUAGUAAUUUCUAUGAUAUCAUAGAGUAAUUUUUCCAACCAAUUAAAAUUUUCUCCAUUACAUUUGACUUCACAUUAUUUGCUGGGUUCAUAGUUACCAAUUGUUUAUCAGGUAUGUUGUUUCAAUUUAUGAAAGGUACUUAAUGAUUAUUAUGUUUAGCCAUUUAACGUGAUUCGUGUUGAUAGUACGGUAGGGUUAUUUCUGCUUAUAAAAUGGUUUACAGCAUAAUUUUGUCAAUAGCAAACCAAUUCCAUUUUUAAUCAUGUAUGUGAAACUAAAGUGUCAAGAAAUGAGGAGCAAAGCAAAGUUGCUUUUAGCAGUUGCAGUAUUCAUUCACUCAUUUCAAAAUUCUCUUUCUGCCUAAAUUGAUGCUGUGAGGGAUUUUGUACGUUUUUUUAAACUACUUCUGUCAGCAUGAACAAAAAGUUUUGGUGUGUAGGAACAUGUAGUGUUGAAGUGCCUAAAAGCUGUAAUGGUAUUUACUAGGUGGACCAAGUUGCAAAGCAGACAGUGGUUGUUUGAUAUUAAUUUGUAGAUUGAAUAGCAGAACUUUAUUAUUUUCCAAUAUGGUAGUUUGUGUUAUGAAUUUCUGUUUUGCAGCUCACAAGUGAGCUUGAAUAACUAUUCUACUUAUACAUGUAUAUAUCUUUUUGGGAAUGGUUUUUUUCAUUCUUAUAAAUUUUUGUGUAUGUUUUUAUCCAAAUUCUAAGCUAAUUGCUUCCAUAAAUUCCUAUUAGGCAUAAGGUUCUUGUAGUUGGUGUCAUCAUAGUUGGUAGUUUGACCCAACCCCCCCUCAACUCCCAGCCCCAGGUAGUUUUAGACCUUUUUAUAUAUCACAAUCAUGAGCUUGUUAUGCUUACAAAAAUGAUUUUUAUAUUCAAGUGGAUAAAAAUUGAAAUGCUUUUUGUGUAGUUCAGAUCUUACUAAAUGUUUCUUAUGAAAUGGAUUUACAGUCAGUGCAGAAAAGAUGUCUAAAAUCAUAGACAUUCUUUUAUCAAUUACCCACCAAACACCAUCUAUUGUUACUUAAGAAUAGGAUGCAUCUUCAGGACUGGAAUAUUUUCCAAAUAGAUCUUAUUUAGAUGCACCCCAGUUGACUUCAUGAAUAACAGUGUGUUUACAUUGUGCUAUGCUGUACGUACUUAAAAGCCUGAUUUGUGUCAUUUUUACAAAAUGUAGUAAUUGUUAAGUAUUUUUCAUCUGUAUCCUUCUGCUGAAAAAAGUGGAAUAAUGCUUUAUGAAGGUUGUGUACCUAUCAUGGUGGGUAUUCAGCUUAUUUCUGAACAAUGAAGAAAAUGUAUAAUAAAGUUCUAAAAUGAACUUGGAGUAGCUAAACAUUUAAAUUGAGGCUAGCCAAAAAGAUUUGUGUAUUUGAAAAAUUUUAAGUAGCAUUAAAUGUUAGGAAAUGGGUACUCAGUGCAGAAAAAUGGCUGACAUUUCUUGCCUCAGAAAGUAGCUUUUAGGAUAUAUCACAACAUUUCUAAAAGGAAAACAAGCAUUUUGGUUCAUUGAUAAAAGUAAGUUUCAUCAGUCCAUUGCUUUUCUGUCCUUUAGAAAAGGUACUUUGAGUUACAUUUUUAAUUUUAACUUACCUACCCUAUCAUUUAACUGGCAAAGGACAGUUCCAUUUUUGUGUACUUGUCAACUCCCAACUAUUCAACAGAUUUAGAUAUUUACCACCCUUCCUUUUAAGGGUUAAAUUACCUUAGAGGUUCACUUUAGUUGUUUAUGGUUACUCUUUUAAAUACUGGAAAUAAACUGAAAAAAAAAUCAAAGCUCUGUAUGCCUUAAAGGUGUUGGAUCACAAAUAUAAGAAAUUGUAAGCAUUCAGUCAGCACAAACUAUCACUUCACAUACUGGUAUCUUGCCAUUGUAAGGAAAGGAAUUAUAUUUCAGGUACCCCAACAUUUAUUACAAAGGAAAAUAAGAAUUCUUUUGAUUAAAUUGCUUGAAGAAGCCUCAAGUGUACUAAUUUUGUUUAUGUAACAUUGGCAUCAUCCUAUAUUUUAAGGGAACUAUUCUCUGUAUUUGUUCCUAUGAGAGUUAAGAAUGAUAACAGUGAUACUGUUAUAUAUAAUUAAAAUAAUCUUCUGCCUUUUUUGUGUGCAGGUUAUUACUUUUAGGAGUUAUCUUGUUGGAGAGAAGUAGAUUGAAUUGAGAGUUUUUACCUUGGUUGAAGGCCAACAGUAUUCACUUCAUGAUGUUGCAAAAAUGUGGAUGAAAUAUGGCAUUUAGUCUCCCAUAAUGAUUUUAUUUGAUCAAAAUGGUCAAUUUUAUUAACAGGAAGUUCAUGGUGUUAGUACUGUCUUAUUCUCUCCCUCAAGAUGAAGUAUUUUUUAGCAGAUCAGAUGGUGUUGUUAUUCAAAACCUUGAAUAUUCAUGUGCAAAACAUUUACUCGAAAUGUGUUCUAGUUUUGUAUGGAAUAUGUUUUAGUUUUGUAUUGAAUAUAAAUCUUUGGUGUUAGAAGUCAUAGUUUUCUGUCUUUUGUUUGUGCAUUUAGAGAAUUGCAGGUAUCAUAGAACAGAUAACAGCUUUAUUAUUUAAUCGUAGCUUUGUGUGUAAUUAUCCUUUUAUAAACAGUGCCUGGAUGACUGGUUUUAUGGAAUGACCUGGAUUUGUAAUUAACAGUUAGGCAGAAACUUCCUUUUCAUUUUAAAACGGUGUAGUGCCUUUAUUUUUACAAUAAAAGAACGAUUGAGUUUCAUUUAGGUUGAUGUAUGAGGUUAUUUAAUGAAAUGGAAAUGGAUUUCCACCAUUGUAACCAGAAUUUAGAAAUGAAUAGUUAAAAAUUAUUUGAACAUUUUCGUAUGGUUCAACCUCUUCUUAUCAUUAGUAAAAGUAAAAUUUUUCUAGGUAUUCAGCCCAUCUUGUGUGAACCCAAUUUGAGCCAUGUAUCUAACUAGAGUGCCACGUUUAUCUGGGCUUUGUAUUUACUCUAAGGUGUUCAGAUUCAUUCUUCCUAUUUUGUAAGUACAAUACAUAUAUUGUGUAUAACAUGUAGCUCUUCCACAAACCAAGAGAUUUACUGAACUGAUGAAUCACGUAGGCCUCUUUACCAAGUAUAUUUGUGCCAAAUUUUAAAGUUUGUGCCUCUGAACAUUAUACAGUAAAUACAUACUAGACUCAGGACAAAAGUUGCUUCAUGCAGUUUGUCAUUCAAAGGGCAAGUGAAUAUAGUUUGUUGUUGUGUGGUGUCCUGGUGAUAAGUACUGCAGUUUACCCUGAGGCAGGAAGUAUUCUGUAGUGGGUUUCUCUUUAAUAAAGAAGAAUUUUUUUUUUUAUAAUUCCUUGAUUUUAGUAAUUUUAUUAGCUUGUAAGUGUAGCAGAAACUUGCAGCAUUUUAAUCUUUAAAAAAAAAAGGAGUUGGAGUAUCUAAAUACAGCUUCUUUUUAAUGCAAUAGGCCUACAUGAGUGUGGAAAAGUUUUGAAUAACCUUGUUCCUGAUGGUCACACUGAUUUAGGGAUGUUAUCUAGUUUGUGUUCAUGAAGAUGUUUUAAACAUUGAACCAUUUUAUUACAAUUGAGAUGCUUGUUGAACAUUUUUCAUUUUUCAGGUAGAACAUUUAUUUAUAAAAGACAUGUAGAUUGGGAUAAUCAUAGGGUGCUGUUUAAGUGAAUUAAUGUAAGUAAAUUUUAUAUAUUGUGUAUAUAAAUGUACAUAAAUAAUGUAAUAUUUGAUAGUCUUCGAAUGGGAAUCUCUUAGACAGCACCUGGGAGAAGCCUGUAUGGGUUAUUCUCAGGGGGUCUAGGAGCUUUCUUCCAUAUUCUGCCUAUGAAAAAAAUUGCUUUUCUUUAUUCAUUUGUUAAAAAAAAAAAAAACAUUGGUUCAGUUGGCCAAUAUAAAUGUAUUAUAUCGUGUGUACUUAUUUGGUACAAAUUGUUACAAAUCCUUUUGUUGUAAAUCAUGAGACAACUUUAGUCAAAUCAUGAACUUUUGCUUAAUUGCUUAGUUGUUAAGGUGCAGGUAGUAGUGGUUGGUAAAGUACCUGAUGAUUGAUGUACCAUUACGUAGUUAAUGGGUUUACUAUAUAUAAAACCCAGUGGUUUUAGAAGUUGCCAGAAAGCUGGUGUUGUGAUGAACUGGAAAUGAGCUGUUUGUUAUUGCUGUAUUACCUUCUUAGAAGUAUUUUAUGUUCAAGGUUGCUGAUACUUGCUAUUUAUCCUUAAAAUUAAAAGUGCAUGAGACUUAAUGCAGUUUCCAAAUUGUUUAGUCAUCUUUCAUACUUCAUGUAUCAAGUCAGUACAUUAAAGUUUUUUGUUUUUUGUAACUCUUGUUAAAGUUAGAUUGCAAAAAUUUAAAGAUCUUUUAGCAUUGCUACACAUAAGGCUAUGUCAGAUGUGUACAAUAUUCAGGAGUUUAGGAAAGGGUAACUCAAAAAUUGGUGUGAUUAACAGACUAAACAGAAAACUUUGUAAUGUCCUUCAAAACACAGCUAGACUGUCUCAGCUAUACUUGACGUUCCAAAAUUCACAAGAAUUUCCAAGGAGGUUCUUUACUUCAGCUUUUUGUUGGCGCGUGUUUCAUAAUUACCAGUGCCAACCAAUACUUUGGAAAUUAAUAGUCUAUUUUCAGUUAUUUCUUGGCUCUAGAGGAUAACUAGCAUAACUUGGGUAGCUUACCCAAGUACUAGUUGCGUUGGUCGGAUCAUCAUCUGUUUAUAUCCUGUUUGAUUUUAAAAAUUGAGCCAGACAAAAAAUGUAAGUAAUCGGAUGCAAAACUGUCAGACAGUUGCAAUUGAUUGUAUAGUUUUAUCCGUUUGGUCUGAAUAAGUAAUCAUUGUUAACAUGGCCAACAAAUAUCAUCUGGCUUUUUCUAGAACUCAUUGUGGUUUGACUGAUGAAAGUUUAUUUCUGUGUGGGAUCUGUUCUGUAGUUGCUUUUACCUAGUGCUUUUUAUACUAAAAUUAUAAGAAACUCCUUUACUAGUGUAAGGUAAUAUUGUACUGAUCAAUAAAGAAAUAAUGAUAA